AUGAACGGCCACAGCGCCGACUCCGCACCGGGGAGCGAUGGCAGCGGUUCCACGGAGACGAGUCCCCUGCUCAACGGCAAUUCGGAACGUUCCACAGUAGUUCAACACCAGCGCCGGGUCAUUGUUGUCCUUUUCACCAUGUUUUUUCUUUUGGAGUUCGGAGCUGGCCUCCUGCUUCCUGGAUCAUCAGCCGCCCUGGAGCAGAAAAUCUGUGACGAAAGGUAUAGCAACAUAGCGCCUAUUGAUCGGGACUGCAAGUCCCCGGAUGUGCAAGGCCAAUUUGCUGUUCUUAAAGGUUGGCAAACGAUGUUAGACUGUGUGCCAGGCCUUAUUGUGGCUGUCCCUUUUGGCAUUUUAUCAAAUAAAUGGGGUCGGCAUCGCGUCCUUUCUUUGGCAUUCACCGGCAUCACUCUGGGACUUGCCUUCCUAGUCACUGUCCUCUACUUUGAUGUAUUGCCUGCCAAUCUCAUUCUCGUGUCACCUGUAUUCAUGCUUCUCGGUGGUGGCCCCGCGGUCAUUACAGCAAUGCUAUAUACAUCAAUAGCCGAUAUCACUCCGGUUAGCGCAAGGGCACCAAUAUUCUUACAGCUCUCUGCUCUGUUCAUUCUCUCAGAGAUAGGUUCUGGACCACUUGCUGGUCUCAUUCUAUUGAAAAGUACAUGGGGUUUGAUUGGCCUGGCCUCUGUGUUCUAUGUUCUGGCCACCGCAACCACUUUCCUUUUGCCUGAUACGCUGAGCAUCAGCAAGAUUACUACGACACAUGAUGGAAGUAGAGAAGACCAAAGUGGAGACGCAACGGCUAGUAGCACCUCUACUUUGCAAGAGUCACUUCGCCGCAUCUCUGAAGGCGUGCACGAGAUUCGCUCCUUCCUGAAAGGCCAUGGACGAGCGAUCGUCAUGAUGUUCUGUUAUGUCUUUGUGGCUCUAAGCAAGGUCGUACAACUCAUGCUGCUGCAGUACACUACGAAGCGAUACCACUGGACCUGGAGCAAAGCCUCGUUUCUUCUUACUAUUCGCAGCAUAGUCAGCCUAGUGGUGCUUAUCGUUGUACUGCCAGCGCUUACCCAGCUGCUUACCGUGCGUUACAAGGUCGGCGUUAUAAGAAGAGAUGUAUGGAUCACCCGUGUGACUGGUCUCGCUGGCGUUCUAGGGUCGUUGCUGAUUGCCUUCGCAUCGACUCCGGAUAUUCUCAUCCUUGGUCUCGUCACAUUCGCAAUCCACGGAGGCAUGACAGCUGUCCUCCGCAGUCUACUGAGCAACAUGGUGGAACCUCGCCAUCUGGGUACCAUGAACUCCCUGCUGGGUAUACUAGAGAUGAUCGCCUUGAUGCUUGGAGCACCUGCGUUGUUCUCGUCCUUCCGUCUGGGGCUCGAGCUGAGCGGAGAUUGGAUCGGCCUCCCGUUUAUAUGUGCUGCUGCGAUGAUUGCCUUCUCUACAAUCAUCGUCUUCGUCUUGCCUGUUCGGGCGAGCAAGGGACAUGUAGACUUGUUGUCUACGGAAGACGAAUCAUAA